AUGUCAGCUAUGUUCAUCGACCUGACAAUAGACUCGGAGUCGGAGGAGUCCAAUCAGACACUAUCUACAAGCGCAGCUUCACUCUCACGCAGCCUGGCUCACCGUGCACUUAAUGUCUCACAGUCAGUGCCGGUGAAGAGAAGAAAGUCUGACACAAAAGAUGCAUUGUCUGCUCUAGCGGUGUCAAAAUUCUUUGACAGGUCGAGCCAUCAUGAGCCAGGGCGGCGUGUCUCCUCCCAGCCUGAGCCGAUCAGACCAAGCUCAAGACGAAGCAUCUCAAGCCAAGAGGCCCAGGGCGUUGAACGCAGACAGAGUCCACGACGCUUCAGCGCCUGGCCAGCCACUGCUCCUUCUGCCCUUCGUUCAGUAACCCCGGACUCUUCAUCAGCUUCUACCCCCCAUUCCACCAUCCCAGAUGUCCUCAUUCCUACCCCGUCAUCUCGCCAGUUGAAGUCUGAACUCCGUGAAUUCAGCAGCAUCAACGGCCGUGCAUCAUCAUCAUCGUCCUCAUCAUCCCACGCAUCCAGACCAACCCCUCCCCUCCAACCCCCCACAGCCCUCUCGCAGACCUACUACCCGACAGACGCCUACCAAAGGAAAGCCAUCAAGGGCGCUUACCCCAAGGCGAAGAAGGUCAAGCGAGCCGACACGCCCCUGGUCCUCGGCACCCCGGGCCCGCUGCUGACCCGACCCCCCAACGUCCGGCACCAGACGCACAAGACGAUGGAACGCAAGCUGCGGGCCAUCCGGGGACCCGAGGUCACCUACGAUCCGGCCGCAGAGUCCCGCCUGGCGGACUUCAUCAUGAACUUCGAGUUCGUCAACACCAACCCGCUGCGCAAGGGCGUGGUCCCCGUGUCCGAGGAGUUCAACGCGGGUUGCACCUGCGUCGGGGCGUGCAAUCCGGAGAUCUGCCUGUGCCUGUCCAAGGAGGAGGACGAGAGCAACACGAACAUCGUGCCGUACCGGAGAGCCCUAGACGACCCGCACAUGAUGGUGCUGAAGCCGGAGUUCCUGACACGCAAGGCCAUGAUCUACGAGUGCAGUGACCGGUGUGGGUGUAAUGCGGGAUGUUGGAAUCGCGUGGUCCAGAAUGGACGUACCGUGCGGUUGGAGAUCUUCUACACCGGGGACCGUGGGUUUGGCCUCCGCUCACCAGACCGUAUCCGCGCCGGCCAAUUCAUCGACUGCUACACAGGCGAAGUGAUCACCACCGCGGCCGCCGACCUCCGUGAAGCGGCUCACACAGCGCACGGCGCAUCCUACCUCUUCAGUCUCGAUUUCUUGAACGGCCAGUACGAAGACUAUGAGGAGGACUCCAACGACGACGACGACGAAGCCACCGAGUCCGGCUGCAAGUACGUGAUCGACGGGCGUAACUUCGGCGGCCCGACUCGCUUCAUCAACCACUCGUGCAACCCGAACUGCCGCAUGAUCCCUGUCUCCCGCAACCACGCCGAUCGAGACCUGUACGAUCUGGCCUUCUUUGCCUUGCGCGAGAUCCCGCCGUACACGGAAUUGACCUUCGACUAUAACCCCGGGUCCGAGGGCGGCGGCGGCGGCUUCGUCAAGGGCGCCAAGAUCGAUCCCAGCGCGGUGCGGUGUCUCUGCGGCGAGGCGAACUGUCGGGGCCAGUUGUGGCCGAAUCAGAGGAAGAAGGGGGUUGCGGUGAGAUGA